GAAGUGUUCCCUGGCUCAGAACAGGAAAGCAAAGCGGCCGUCUCUUUGCUGAUAUCAGAACACGCAGAUCAAGCUUAGAAGGCUGUUGUUUGGAAUGGCGACAGAUUACUUGUGGAUUGAAGGGAUCCCUUUCCACACAACUACUAUUAGAGACCUGAGGUCAUUGCAGAAUGAAUUCGUGGUGAGGGAUGAAGAUGUCAUCACACUGUCCUACCCAAAGUCAGGAACCAACUGGAUAAAGGAGAUCAUCAAUCUGAUCCACACCAGGGGAGACCCCAGCUGGGUGCGGUCUGUGGUCAGCUGGGAACGGUCCCCUUGGAUAGAGACCCCUGAGGGGCUUGAACUGAUCAAGAAGCAGAAAGACCCGCGCUCCUACGCCUCCCACCUCCCCAUGCAACUCUUCCCCAAGUCACUCUUCACGUCCAAGGCCAAGGUUAUUUACAUCAUGAGAAAUCCCAGAGAUGUGAUUAUUUCCGGUUAUCAUUUCCACAAGACAUUGAAAAUUACCAAAAAUCCAAAUUCAUUUGAAGAAUAUUUUGAAUGGUUCCUUCGAGGAAAUGUGCCAUAUGGCUCAUGGUUUGACCACAUUGGCGGCUGGCUGCAGAUGAGAGGAAAACAGAAUUUCCUAUUGAUCUCAUAUGAGGAGCUGCAUCAGGACCUCAGAGCCAGUGUAGAGAAGGUCAGCCAAUUCUUGGGCACGAAGCUAAGCUCAGAAGAACUGGACUCGGUCCUCAAGAAUGUAACCUUCCAGGCCAUGAAAGACAAUAAAAUGAGCAAUUUCUCUCUACUCUCCGAUAUCUAUAUGGAUCAGAGAAAAGCAUGUUUUCUGAGAAAAGGAAUCACUGGCGACUGGAAAAACCAGCUCACAGUGGCCCAGAGCGAAGCCUUCGAUAAAGUCUACCAGGAGAAGAUGGCCGGGCUCCCCCCAGGCCUCUUCCCGUGGGAAUGAUGGCCUCACGUGUCUGAAUCGGGUGCAAACGCUGAAUUUCCUGAGGUUCUUUGUGAACGGACUGCUCAUACAAUCUGUCAUACACUUAUGAACACCAACCAUGUUCCUUAUUAACCUUAAGCCAGUGGUUCUCAACCUUCUGG